AUGCUGGAGGAGGAAGAUGAGCAACAUGUUGAGCACGACAAGGGGCCAGCAAGAGAUGAAGAUAGCAAUGACUCCACGAUUGAUGGAGGUGAAGAAGAGGACAACGAUGAUGACAAGGAUCAAGGGGCUCGUCCAAUCAAUUUGGAGAAACGACAGGGAGUUCAAGUGGGACAACACAAGGAAGUUUCAGGAGGCUUGCCAUCUGAAAUGAAAGCAGGGAGAUCGGUGAAGAGCAUUCCACCCAUGCAGGAGGGUGAAACCUAUAUAUUCUAUCCAACUGGUAAGCAUCACCAUACCGCCAGCAAAGAUCUGAAGAGGUACCCUUGUUUGAUUAAUAUCAUGCUGAGGCACACUCUGGUACCUAAGGUGGGAAAUUCUGACAAGGUUCGCUUUCCAUGCUAUGAAGUCAUUCGGGCCAUAAAGACUGGGGAUAAGCUGAAUAUGAUUGAGUGGAUGGCUGCUAAAAUGGUGGAUUUGCAGCUUGACAAGAGAGGUGCCUUGGUUUUCCAGCCAUACAUCAUGGUGUUGAUCAGGAACAAGGUUGACUUCCUAGGUGUUGAGGAGGUUGUGCACAAACCCUUUCGGCCGCAUAGCAACAACAAGAAAUUCCUACAGCGGGAGGCCUCACCACCAUCCGAGGCUCCAUUGCCGCUAAUUGAGCAGCCAGAGCUUGACGUCGCAGGAUCAGCUGAGGGAGAUGCUAGUGGCUUGGAUGAUAGGUUCACUAAACAGGAGCAGUAUCUUGAGGAGAGCUUUGUUGAUCUGGUCAUGGCCACAGUGAACGGUUUGGCUGAUCAGAUCGAUGGCCAAAAGUUAACAGAUCCUAUAUCGAUCCAGGCUCGUCCGGUGCUUCCAAGUCUACAGAUGGGUUUCACUUCUCCACCAGGUGCCCAGUUUGCAGGAAAUGGGUACAUAUUACGGAGAAAGGGCUCAAUGGCUGGAGGGCUGGAUCAAAUGGAACACGUGCACCAACCGGCAGCAGCGCUGCUGUCCACGAGGGAUAGUGAUACGAUUCGCAAGAGGAUCAUGCCAGGGAUCAAUAGAAUCCGCAUUACAAGAGAAGGGGGAGGUCGACACCAAGAGAGGAGAGGGGCAGCAUCUUCACGUAAAAGAGAGGGGAAAGAUAUUGCUGCUGCAUUCAUGAAAUUGAAGAGCAAGAGAGAAACUAAUGGUAUAAAGGAGCAGGGUGUGUCAAGGAAAUUAAGAGAGGAAUGA